AUGGGUGAGCUCACAUUCUUCCUUGGGCUACAAAUUCAACAAUCUGAAGAAGGAACCUUCAUAUGUCAGACCAAAUACACAAAAGAGCUGAUUCAAAAAUUUGGUAUGAGCAAUGCAAAAUCAAUUGGCAUUCCAAUUAGCCCCUCUACGAAUCUAGACAAAGAUGAACAGGGCACUCCUGUUGAUGAAACCAAAUAUCGUGGAAUGAUUGGAUCAUUACUGUAUCUGACAGCAAGUCGACCAGACAUCAUGUUCAAUGUAUAUAAAUGUGCCAGGUUUCAGUCAGCUCCCAAGGAGUCACAUUUGACUGCUGUAAAGAGAAUCAUUCAAUAUCUCAUUGGAACUGUAUCUCAUGGAUUAUGGUAUCCUCGCUCUAACUCUUUUAAAUUAGAAAGUUUUUCAGAUGUUGACCUUGCAGGUGAUAAAGAGGAUAGAAAAAGCACGAGCGGUACAUGUCAAUUACUAGGAAAGGCAUUAAUAUCCUGGAAUAGUAAAAAGCAAGCAUCAGUCGCAUUGUCCACUACGGAAGCAGAAUACAUUGCUAUUGGACAAUGUUGCGCACAAUUAAUAUGGAUGUCUCAUCAAUUGGGUAACUAUGAACUUUUGUUUAAGCCUAUACAAAUUUUUUGUGACAAUUCUAGUGCUAUUUGUCUUUCAAAAAAUCAUGUGCAUCAUUCCAGAGCAAAGCAUAUAGAUAUUAAGAAUCAUUUCAUUAGAGAUCAUGUUCUUAAGGGAGACAUAGAAAUAUCUUUUGUUGGAACUUCUGCUCAACUAGCUGAUAUUUUUACUAAGCCUUUAUUAGAAGAGAGAUUUUGUACUUUAAGAAAUUUACUUGGUAUUAUUUGCACUUCUAAUAACUCUUAG